AAAACAACUUUUUACUAAAAUAAAUAAUUUAUUUUUUUUAUAAGUGAACUAGGGUUUUAGCAAAUCAUAUUUAUAUAGCUUUAUUCUCUCCCUUACCUUGUUUUUUCUAUCUCUUGAGCUAGCCGUCAUCUCCUCCUUUCCCCCUACCCCCAAAAAUGCCUAAGCAAAUCCACGAGAUCAAGGAUUUCCUUCUUACAGCCAGAAGGAAGGAUGCCCGAACUGUCAAGAUCAAGAAAAACAAGGAUAUGGUCAAGUUCAAGGUUCGCUGCUCCAAGUACCUCUACACACUCUGUGUGUCCGACUUUGAGAAGGCUGACAAGUUGAAGCAAUCACUUCCUCCAGGUUUGAGCGUGCAAGACCUGUGAAGAAGGAUUUAUGCUUUUCAUAGAAGGAUUUAUCUGUGUGUUUCCUUUGCAAUAUGUCUUGCCCUUUGGCAUGUCUAACAUUUUAAGCUUUUAGAUAUUGAUUGUUGCGUUACUUUUUUACUCAUUUUGACAGUAAUUUUGAGCCUUAAUGAUGCCAAAUGAAUUUUGAUUGUUAGAUGCCUAAGUUGAUGUUUCAUGCCU